AUGACCAAGAAGAACUCGAAUAACUGGAGACGCUAUUUGUUUUUGGCGAUUCCUAUAAUCAUGGGGUCUCUGCUGUUACUAAGAUUUGUCAGUCGCUCCAACCCAACAGACUUGCAGACAUUAUUGCAAAGUCUACCCAAGGAGUUAACGCAGAGUUUGGAUCGUUCCCACAGCAAGGGAGACAAGAUAAUGGAGAAAUUUGAAAGGUUUUCUGAAGAGUUGUUAAAAAAGCAGGAAGACCAGAUAAGAAGGUUAGAUAGGGAACGGAAAGUGUUGGAAAAGAAGAUACAGGAGUUGAAGCAACCAUCGAGCCAUGCGACUUUACGUGAGAGGUUAGCAGCUAUGUAUGAGUAUGGUACUACGAAAAAAUUCCCUGCUUACAUAUGGCAAACAUGGCCUUAUUCUGAUCUCGAUGAUAGAAUGCAAGAGAACCUUCGUACUUACGAAAGAUAUUGGGGUGCGAAAAACCCGGGCUUCGUUCACGAAAUAGUUAAUGAUGAUACUGCCAGUGUUUUAGUUCAUUACCUAUAUGCUUCUAUACCUGAAGUGAUUACUGCAUAUGAAAAGUUACCAACGAAAAUAUUGCAAGUGGACUUUUUCAAAUAUUUAAUUCUUUUGGCCCGUGGAGGUGUGUAUGCAGAUAUUGACACCAAUCCAUACCAGCCAGUUCCUAAUUGGAUCCCAGAAAAUGUGGCUCCUAAAGAGAUAGGUUUGAUAAUAGGCAUAGAACAUGAUGCCAAGAGACCGGAUUGGAGGUCUAACUAUCUCAGAAGGCUACAGUUUGGUACCUGGGUUAUUCAGGCUAAGCCGGGGCAUCCAAUAAUACGAGAAGUGGUGGCCAAAAUUACCGAAGAAACGUUGAGCCGUAUGGAGCGUAACGAUUUGAAAUUAAAUGCAAGGAAUGAUUUGAACAUAAUGGGAUGGACUGGCUCAGGUAUUUGGACAGACGUUGUAUUCACGUAUUUCAAUGAUUAUGUUCAGAGUGGCAUCCUUAAAAAAAUCACGUGGAAGGAAUUCCAUAACAUUAACAUUCCAAAACUAGUUGGUGACGUGCUUGUGUUGCCCCAGUUUUCAUUCAGUGCCCCUACUUCACAAGACUCAUCCUCUGCUGAAAGCAAGAUGUUACAGUUCGUAUCCCACGAAGGUAUGAAAUCAUGGAAAGUAGCUGGAGGCAGCAAUUAG